CGGCCAUGACCCGAUUAUCCGGCCGACCGUCCCGCACGACCGUCCGAACGCCGCGGUCGACCCGAAGCCGUUUUUGAAGCCCAAUCCGCACAAUUCAAGCCCAAAGCCGGCGCCGACCUAG